GCUGUUAUGUGGCCUACUGCACAUCUUCCCCGGUGGUGACAAGGACUGUAAAAGGCCAAUGUGUUGAGGACUGUGUACUAAUCGGAUGGAUACAUCGAAUGGACGUCGGUUUUGCUCAGAGAGCCUGCUUAUAGGGGGUGACACUAUUCUCAGGGAGAUGAUGUUUGCUCAGCUUGCCUGCAUUCCCUGGGGCGUUUGUACUUAAAGCAGCGUCAGUAAUGGAGUAACAGUUUAACCACAGGAGCUUGGGCUUUUAUUGCUUGACGGCGAUAAAUCAAGAUGCGGAGCAGAAGCAACUCAGGAGUGCGACUGGAUGCGUUCGCUAGACUCGUCCAUGAGACCAUCCUGUGCUAUCAGAAUCCAGUGACAGGUUUGCUCGCAGCAAGUGCACAGCAGAAAGAUGCCUGGGUCAGGGACAACGUCUACAGCAUCCUGGCCGUGUGGGGUCUGGGAAUGGCAUAUCGCAAAAAUGCUGACCGUGAUGAGGACAAAGCCAAGGCGUAUGAGCUUGAACAGACUGUGGUCAAGCUGAUGCAAGGACUGUUACAGUGUAUGAUGAGACAGAUGGAAAAGGUGGAGAAGUUUAAACACACACAGAGCACCAAGGACUGUCUGCAUGCCAAGUACGACACUUCCACUUGUGCAACUGUGGUUGGGGACGACCAGUGGGGGCACCUGCAGGUAGAUGCGACAUCAUUGUACCUGCUGAUGCUGGCACAGAUGACAGCUUCCGGGCUGCGUAUUAUAUCGAACCUGGACGAGGUGGCUUUUAUACAGAACUUGGUGUUCUACAUUGAGGCUGCUUAUAAAGUGGCUGAUUAUGGAAUGUGGGAGAGAGGAGACAAGACAAACCAGGGGAUUGCUGAAUUAAAUGGAAGCUCUAUUGGAAUGGCAAAGGCUGCUCUGGAGGCCAUUGAUGAACUUGACUUAUUUGGAGCACAUGGAAGUCCCAAAUCUGUAAUCCACGUUCUACCAGAUGAAGUAGAGCACUGCCAGUCAAUCUUGUGCUCAAUGCUGCCACGAGCUUCUACAUCCAAGGAGAUCGAUGCUGGUUUGCUCUCGGUUAUCUCUUUUCCUGCGUUUGCAGUUGAAGAUGCUGACCUGGUCAACAUUACUAAGAGUGAGAUCAUCUCCAAGCUCCAGGGACGUUAUGGGUGCUGUCGGUUUAUUAGAGAUGGCUACAAGACCCCAAAAGAGGAUCCUUCUCGGCUUCAUUAUGACCCAGCUGAGCUAAAGCUGUUUGAGAAUAUUGAAUGCGAAUGGCCAAUCUUUUGGACUUAUCUCAUACUGGAUGGUGUUUUCAACGGGGAUCACGUACAGGUGGAGGAAUACAAGGAGGCACUGGACGGGGUCUUGAUUCGAGCUAAACAUGGCAUCCGGCUGAUGCCUGAGCUUUACGCUGUACCUGCUGACAAGGUUGAAGAAGAAUACAAGAACCCUCACAGUGUAGACCGUGUAGCUCUGGGGCAGCUGCCUCACCUAUGGGGACAGUCUCUCUACAUUCUGAGCAGUUUGCUAGUAGAGGGAUUUCUUGCUCCUGGAGAGAUAGAUCCUCUAAACAGAAGGUUCUCCACCGACUUCAAACCAGAUGUUGUUGUCCAAGUCAGUGUAGUAGCAGAGACCGAGGAGAUCCAGGCACUUCUGAGGGGUAAUGGGAUUGAGGUGCAGACAGUGUCACAAGUCCAGCCCAUCAGAAUCAUGUCUGCUCGUAUUCUGAGCCACAUCUACGUCAAGCUUGGAAACUGUAGGAGGCUCAAUUUGACUGGACGGCCGUAUCGUCACAUUGGUGUUCUAGGGACUUCUAAGUUCUAUGAGAUCAGGAAUCGUACCUACACGUUUACCCCACAGUUUAUUGAUCAGCAUCAUUUCUACCUGGCUCUGGAUAAUCAGAUGAUAGUGGACAUGCUAAGGACAGAGUUAGCCUACCUCUCUUCCUGUUGGCGGAUGACAGGAAGACCCACGCUCACUUUCCCGAUUACACAUAGCAUGCUGGUGGAGGAUGGUGAAACCAUCGAUCCUUGCAUCUUGUCCACUUUGAGAAAGCUCCAAGAUGGCUAUUUUGCAGGAGUCAGAGUUCAGUUGGCGAACCUCUCCACAUUCCUCACUACCUCCUUCCACACCAAACUCAGCUUUAUGGAUGCUGACUCAGAGGAGAACCUCGAAGAUGAAGAUGAUGACUACAGUGAAGAUGAAGACAAUGAAGAUAAAGUUCAUAAUUUUUACAGCACUGAAGAUUCCAAAGAUGUGCUGGACCAGUACUUCGCCCACCUCAUACAGAGCACAGCCACAACAUCGCAUCUCCCUCCUGUCCAGAAAGGGCAGCACCAUGUUUUCAGCGCGGAGCACACUACCAGGGACAUCCUGACACUCAUGGCUCAGGUUCAGGGAUACACCAUGCCUAAGCCGUCUCUGUAUUUACCAGUGGUUCCCAUUAUGAACAAACACCGGAAGUCUCUGAACCUGCUGGACCUCCCACACCCUCAACACCACACUCCUCAAAACCCCCAAAAGGCCAGUUCUCUUGACCUUCACCUGCCCCGUGAUGCUCAAGGCAACACAGACUUUGCUGCGCUCGUGAAUCACCUGAAGGAAUGCCCCACAUUACAGGACCAGGCUGAUAUUCUUUAUAUCCUCUAUGCUAUGAAAGGGGCAGAGUGGAUGGUGAAUAUAUCGGAGCAGAAGGGAGCCACAGUGCGCACUCUGCUCGAGGAGCUUUACGGCAAAGCUGGAGCGAGUAAAGAGUGGGGACUUAUUCGGUACAUCUCGGGCAUCUUGAAGAAGAAGGUGGAGGUAUUGGCCGAGGCGUGUACUGAUCUGAUCUCCCAUCAGAAGCAGCUGACGGUCGGUCUUCCUCCAGAGCCAAGGGAGAAAAUCAUCACUGUUCCUCUCCCACCUGAAGAACUGAAUAAACUAAUCUUUGAAGCCAGUGGUCAGGAUAUAAGCAUCGCGGUACUUACCCAGGAAAUCAUGGUGUAUCUAGCCAUGUAUGUGCGCUCCCAGCCGAAUCUGUUUGGAGACAUGCUGCGUCUAAGGAUAGGUCUCAUCAUGCAGGUGAUGGCCACUGAGCUUGCCCGUAGUCUCCAGUGCACAGGUGAGGAGGCAUCUGAGGCGUUGAUGAACCUCAGUCCAUCAGACAUGAAAAAUCUGCUUCAUCACAUUUUGAGUGGUAAAGAGUUCGGAGUGGAACGGAGCGUGCGUCCAACUGAGUCCAUGGCCACCAGUCCAGCCAUAUCUAUCCGUGAACUCGGACACACAGGAGCCACGAAAACAGAACGCACAGGCAUCAGGCAGCUUAAGACUGAAAUCAAACAGCUGGAUGACACCAGACCUGUCAGCAUUUGUACUGGCGGUUAUUCCGCAGGCAGUAAUGUCACAUCCCCUCGCUCCACGAGGUGUAGCAGUCCUUCGACCCCGAGUGGCGUCAUGUCACCCACAGGUACAGGAGACUCACGGUUGCAGUGGGAAGAGCGCCAGGGGCAGUGGCUAAGGAGACGCCGCCUGGAUGGCGCUAUUAAUCGAGUGCCCAUGGGCUUCUACCAGAAAGUGUGGAAGAUCUUGCAGAAAUGUCAUGGCCUCUCAAUCGCAGGAUAUGUUCUGCCCUCCUCUACCACCCGUGAGAUGACAGAAGGCGAGAUUAAGUUUGCUGUGCAUGUGGAGUCCGUGCUGAACCACGUUCCCCAGCCUGAGUAUCGGCAACUGCUGGUGGAGGCCAUUAUGGUGCUCACCCUGGUGGCUGAUAUGGAGAUCCCCAGCAUUGGGGGAAUUAUUCACAUUGAUCGAAUUGUUCAGAUGGCAAAUGAGUUCUUCUUGCAGGACCAGAAAUCUAGUGGGGCCAAUGAGUUUUUUCUGGAGAAAGAUCCUGCCACAGGAAUCUGCAACUUCUUCUAUGACAGCGCCCCCAGUGGCAGUUAUGGCUCUAUGACCUAUCUGUCCAAAGCCGUGGUCGCGUACGUCCAUGACUUUCUCCCCAGCGGUGGCUGUCUGAUGCAGUGAGAAGAACGGCUUAAGGAACCUCAACGUCGACCUGGGAUCAAUUUAUUUAAUAGCGGUCCUGCCUUUUACAACUGUGGUUUCAGAUCAGCAGGAGAGAGGCAGCGUGAAUAGUGCAUAUUCCUAACAAAAUAAAAACAAGGAGAUUCCUUUUAGACCACUGUGAAGCUGAUUUUAAUAAGUGUAUCUAUGUUAUUAAUUAGCAAGUAAUAUUAUGAAGUAAGGUAUUUAUUGAAAAAUAGUUAAUUUACGUAAAUUAAUUGCUUUUAAUUUAAAUAUUUAAUAAUUUAUCUUUUUAUUCAAGAAUUCCACAUUUUCAGCAAACAUAAGCAAAGACCAGUAACCCAUAAUAUUAUGGUGAAAAACGCAAUACCUCCAUGUGAAUUUUCUGUUACUCUUUAUGGUUAUUGAUGCAUGUACCUAAUGUUUGUUUUAGCACCAUAUUAAUAUAAAACUGAAUAAUACUAUACCUAUAGCUUUGUAUCAAACUGAUAACUUUUUUAUGUAUUAUACCAAUGAGAAUAGUACAGUAUAAUUUACCUGGUAUACAUGUACUGUAUUUGGAGCAUGUUUACAUGAAUAUGUUACACUGAGACUAAGAAUGUAAGCCCAGAUAUGCAUAUCUACUGUACAUCACUUACUAACAUGCAGUAAGUGUUUUCUAACUUGGAGAACUGUUGAGAGGAACAAAGAA